GUUGCCUGUGUCUUUAACGCCCCUCUUCGUGUGCCCUGCACGGGGCUUUUAUCGCCUUUAAACACGAAGAAGACAUUUUCGGAGAGGCGAAAGACCCCCUGUGAAAAGUGCACAAAAUGCGUGGACAAAGACCUACAUGCCUCCUGUUUACCAUGCACCAGCCACAGCCUGAGAAACGAUUGGCCUGACGUUUUUAGCGGCAACGCACAAAGCGUCAGAAGGAAAACCGCGGAGAGCGCUGCAGAGCGCGUGCGCUUGCCGGCGGUGCGCCGCUCGCGGCCGGCCGGCCGGCCACUCAAAGAGCGAGUUCCUCACAUGAGACACUCUUCGAGCACUGGAGACAAAGUUUUCUUUCGGAAAAAGGUGCACUUUCCUGGGAGCAAUUUUUCCCCCAUUUGAGAAAUUGCUCUUGAAAAUCAUCCUGUGUUUGCCGAGAAUGGGAGAAGAGUAGACAACAUGAGGGCUGACAUAGUCCUAAUGGUUUUUUCUUUGAGCACGUUUUUCGUGGGAGCCAGGAGAAGCAAACCUUCCUUGAAACGGGCUUUCGAAUGCUGUCCUUCUCUGACGGAAGCCAUUCAGCCUCUUGGCGGUGUCUCCAUCACGGGUCGUAUCAUGGAACUGUACCGGGAACCGAACGCAACGCAGCAGUUUUACCAGACCUCGUGUCGGGAGAAAGUGAAGGGCAGGCCGUGCUUGUAUGUUCGCUCCAAGUACCGAUCCCGCUGCAUUCAAACUUACAGCUACAUGUACGCGCUGGUCCGCGAAUUCCAGUCCAAUGGACCUUGGCGUCUCGACUAUAUCCGCUACCGUAGCGGAUGCACUUGUCAAGUCCAACGGAAUCCUUUUUAACCUUGCUCAAAGAACCCUGCUCAAUUCCCACGUUUACUUGACCAAUUAUUGACCCCUCGGUGAACAAGAUAUACCUCCUCAUGUGUUCCUAUAUGUAUGACCGCGUAAACUGUUGUAGGUGAAACAUUCAAAGAGCCGUUCCUGUAAAGUACCGAUAUAAACUUAAUUGUUAAGCAACAAUAUGUACUGGCAUUCGUUGUACUAGAUGAGGCAUUUAAAUAUGGAAGGACAAGCACAACGCAUAGUUCAAUUAGAUGAUGGCAGUUGAAGAAAAUGGGAUUCUAACCCUCUGAUUGCCGGUCAGG